AUGGAAAAGUACGUUAAACUUGGUUUCCUAGGCGAGGGUAGUUAUGGAUUGGUGUCGAAGUGCCGCAAUGUUGAGUCAGGUCAAACGGUGGCCAUCAAAAAGUUUCCAGACAGUGACCGAGAUAAGGCCGUUAAGAAAAUCGCCAUGCGAGAAAUUAAGAUGCUCAAACAAUUAAACCACGAUAAUCUCGUCAACCUGUUGGAAGUCUUCAACCACAAGAAGAAAAUUUAUUUGGUCUUCGAAUUCUUGGAGAAGUCAGUAGCAGAUGAGUUGGAAAACCACCUGACGGGAAUGAUAGAGCCCGAGGUGAGGGGCAUCAUGUGGCAGGUGCUCAGGGGCCUCAAGUUCUGCCACGAUAAAAACGUGUUACACCGGGACAUUAAGCCAGAAAACAUCUUAAUGAGCAAAAGUGGCAUAGUGAAGCUUUGUGACUUUGGGUUCGCACGCACCCUCAACCACCCCGACACCAUCCUCACUGAUUACGUGGCCACAAGAUGGUACCGUGCCCCUGAACUUCUUGUAGGAGAGGUCAGGUAUGGAAGGUCUGUAGAUAUUUGGUCGAUUGGAUGCGUGGCUGGUGAAUUGUUAUCAGGUGAGCCUGUCUUCGCCGGCAAUUCAGACCUCGAUCAACUAUUCGUUAUCGUCAAAUGUCUCGGCAACUUGACGCCACACCUGGAGGAGAUCUACACACGCAAUGACAUCUUCAGAGGCACGAAACUACCGCACGUUAGCAAGUGGCAGACGUUACAAGAACGUUACAAACACAACAUGACCGAAGAGGCUAUUGACUUUUUAGAUAAAUGCCUGCAAAUGAAUGCCAACGACCGGCCAUCAUGCCAGAACCUCUUAAUUUCCAGCUUCUUCACAAAAACUGACUUCCAUCUGACAUUUCCGAAAGAGUUGCAGGCCAUCAUAGAGAAAGAAAAUGGUUCUAGGAUGAAAAGAAGCGAUAAAAAACAUCACAGAAAGAUGGUUAUGAAAAGUUACAUCGACGAAAAAUAUUCAAACGAAUCAGUCGUGAACAUGAACAAAUAUCCUUUAGACAACCACAGGGUUUUUCAUGCUUUCAGUUUUAAUUUAUAA